AUGUCCGUUAUAAGUGGAGGCUCCGAUGAUCGAAACCCAUUUGGUAUUAGUCCAGUAUCGGUUUCAUCAUUUCCGACAAAUCAAGAUUAUGUACCAUCCGCAAUUAAUGGGGGACCUCCGUCGACUAUAGCUUCUUCAGCAAUAGCGAAUACUAUACUACCACCUGAACAAGCAAACAUUAAUUUUAAACCCACCACCACAGCCAUAUCAAAAAUAUCAAAAUUAAAAUUACACGUUUUAUUAGAUUCUACAAUAUAUACGGCAGGUGGUUUAUUAACUGGAAGAAUAGUAUUAACAAGUUCUUCUGCAAGAUCAUUAAAACUCGGAGAAAUUUCGGUAGAACUAACAGCUUAUGAAGAAUUAUCUGUAAAAGAGUACACUGCUUCACAAUCUUUUUUAUCUUCAAGAUUAGUUUUUCAAAAUGAAAAUUUACCACCUUCAAAUGCGGUGCAUGGUCCAAAAGAAAAUGGUUAUUGGACAGCGAGAAAAGGAAAGACCACUUUUCCAUUUGCUUUUAAAAUUCCUGUUGAUGCGCCAAGUUCUGUUGAAUAUGGAAACCUGGCAUGUCUAAAAUAUAUUGUAACUGGAGUUGUUCAAUUUAAGAACAAUAAUAAAGAAGAUACACUAUUAAGAUCAAAAGAAGCCCUUGUCGUUGAGGCGUGGGAUGGACAUAAUCCAAUCUACAAAAAACCUGUAGAUGGUGUUAAUAUGAAACAAUUAUGGAUGGGCGGGACGGGUGCUGUUACACUGGAAGGAACAUUGGCAGAGACAUUAUUUCAAAGUGGUGGAAAUGUUAGUGUACAAGUUAGGGUGAAAAAUGAAACUAAAAGAAGGGUUCAAGGACUAAAGAUUGCUAUCACGCACAAACUUUUAAUUCUUGCUAAUAAAAACAAAAAAGAAAUUGAUGAGGUUAAAAUUGUUGGAGAUACGAUAGCUGAGGCAUGGUUUAAAAAUAAGGAUUACUUAUUUGAUUGUGGAGAGGAUCGUUCGACGACCAUUCAUAUUAAUGUUCCUAAAAAUGCAAAGACCAUAAGAAAUACGGCAUUAUUCGAAGUUGUGUGUUAUAUUGUAAUAUCUUUAUACUUGGGACCUUUCACGUAUGAUCUUACAGUUCACCUUCCUGUUUAUAUUGCACAUUCUGCAUCUUUACAACCGGCUCCUAUAGCUGAUGCAGAUUUAAAUGUAUUUCCAAAUCAUUAUAAUAUGAUGGACGAAAAUGUAGAUUUUUUUGUUGAAGAUAUCAGAAAAGAAGACGGUGAAGUUUUAGGUUUUGUGUCAACGCCAGUAAAUAUUCCAUCAAAGAAUGGUGAUAGAGUGCUUCCUUGGUCAAAUGCAGAGGAUGAUGGUCGUGGACGUUAUUCACCUACGAAAAGUUCGGCUGGAUCAUAUAUAUUUGGUUCGGCAAGUCCAAAGAAAAUUGGAUCUUUUGCAACUUCUUUGCUUGGAAGACCAAAACAAAUGGCACCACCAAAUCCAUCAAAACUUGUUGCAAAAUCACCACCGUUAGCUCCCGCAUCACCUUACGCGUAUAUUCCAGCUAUCGAACGUGUAAGAUACCUUUCUUUUACAACGCAAGAACAAGGAGCCAUACAAAAACGCCCUUUUGGCGCAGCUUCGGGGUUUGGAGGUUAUGGAAAACGCAGUGAAACACAGGAAUUGUCACCACCUACUUCAGAAUAUGAGUUUAUUAAUACGCCACCCGAGCCAGAACAGAAUGUUCAAAAGUGGCUUGAUAAUAAUGAUAAUCAAUCUGAAAGAUCAAGUCCAGCUUUUUCGGAUGGAGAACCUGUUGCUACACCUGGUGGAAAAUCUCCUUGGGCACAUAUUAAUCAAAGCCAAGAAAUUGCAGGCACUUCACCUCGUUCACAUUCUCCAUUGUUUAGGAAAAAUAUUCCGAAUGGUCAAGGAACCACUCCAAUUGAUAUUCCAAUACAAAAUUCUGAUUUUUCAUCAGAUUCAUUUAAACGAAAUGAUAGUUUAGUAUCCUCACCUUCAGGUCCUUCAGGAUUAACUCUAUUAAUGAGAAAAAAGUCUCCAAUACCUACAAUUCAUGACAAUACGUUUGAAGUAUCAUCAUCUAUAUCAAACGGCGCAUAUGAUCAUAUUCCUAAAGGUCGUCCACUACCGACACCAAAACCUAAAGAAAUUGAGGUUACUGAUGAGAAAAGUUCGGAGUUACUUCAAGUUCCCGGAUUUGAACAAGAAAGACCUAAAACACCGCCUGUGAACAAUUUUAAUACAAGUGCCGCAGCCACUGGGGGAGGAAAUUUGUCAUCAUUAUUUAAAUGGGGAUCAUCAUUGAUUGGAUAUGGUGCGUCUAACGAUCAAAGUCAACUACAAAGUAUUGAACAGAACGCAUCCAACGAAAUUCCAAAGAAUAGACCUCGUAAACAGCUUCCACCUCCUCCGACAACACCAGCGGCAGAAGCGAACAAUAAUAUGACGGACAAUUCAUCAAUUAACCCUAACCCAGAUGAAAAUCCAGUUCCUAAAACGAGAAUGCGUCGCAGUCUACCUGCUGUUCCAACUUCCGUUCCCCAGAAAACAAUAACAACCAGUAGCCCGAUUAUAGAGGAAGAGGAAAACCCAUCUAAUAAUAUUUCACAUUCACCGCCUCAAAAUACUUUUACCAGCUCAGUAAAUAACGAUCCACCUACACCAUCCAAACCUAUCUCGACUGAAAAAUCGGAUACACCUUCAGCUAUUCCACAGAAAUCUUCAUAUUUUCCUGCAAUACCAAUAACCAAGGCAUCAAUUUUUGCUGCUUUAGGACAAAAACCUUUCGGAAUGUCUUCACCGCCUUCUUCAGUUCCAGCUCCAGCUCCUGCUCCAGUAGUAUUUCCUAAGAAAACUUUACCUGUUUCUCCAAGUACUAGCCCACCAAAACAAAAAGGAUUUAAUGUUCAACGUAAACCAUUGGAACUUAAUACUCUUGCGAAAGAUGAUCCUAAAAUUGCUGAAAUGAUUAAAAAUGAGUUAAAAGCAUCGGAGAAUCAAAAUGAUGAUCAAAAUGUUUCCUCUAAUCAAGUGACUUACAAACUUGCUAUCCCGCCAGCUGUGCCGACGAAGAAAUCUGCCCCAACAUCAGUUCAAGUUACAACACCUGUUCCUAUUUCCACCAAAUCUGAUGAAAACGUAAAUACAAGCAUGUCGUCCAGUCCCCCAAUUGAUCCCAUGAAAGUAUUAGCAUCUCCGACAACUUAUAUAAACAAUACAAUUGCUAAGCCAAUUGUAGCGUUAACUAAGAUAACGGAACCACCAAAACCUGUACUAUCGCCUAGAUUACAAGAAUAUAUUAAGAAAUAUAAUUAUGCCACAGGCUCAUGA